AUGUCUGAUUUAUAUAAAUUACAUGGAUUGAAUAAUUCACAGGUUGGAAGAUAUGGAAGACAAUUGAUUACCCCUGGCGUUGGUGUCGCUGGUCAGGAAGCGUUGCUCGCUGCCAAGGUGCUGGUGGUCGGUGCCGGUGGACUUGGUUGCCCGAUCGCUAUGUAUUUGGCGGGUGCCGGUGUCGGUACAAUAGGAAUAGUCGAUUAUGAUACGGUGGAGGUCGGUAAUCUUCAUCGUCAGAUCGGUCACAAUGAGCUGAAGGAAGGACAUGCCAAGGCUGUCUCACUAGCCACCGCUUGUCAGCAGCUGAACAGCUCGAUCAGCGUCAUUCCACACACUGUUACUUUCACUUCGGAUACGGCACUCGAUUUGAUUGCGCGCUACGACAUCGUUGUCGAUGCCUCCGAUAAUGUGGCGACUCGCUACUUGAUCAACGACGCCUCAGUUCUGGCGAAUAAGAUUCUCGUUUCCGGAAGUGCUCUCAAAUGGGAUGGACAAGUAACGGUGUAUCACUAUAACAACGGACCGUGCUAUCGGUGCUUGUUUCCGGUGCCGCCACCCGCAGAGACGGUUACACGGUGCUCGGACGGCGGUGUGUUGGGACCGAUCGUAGGAGUGAUAGGCAGUCUCCAAGCACUGGAAGUCAUUAAGAUCAUUACAAACAACAGCGAUGGUGUGUUGAGCGGUAGGCUGAUGCUAUACGAUGGAUUGGCGGGAACUUUCAAGACUGUAAAGAUUAGAUCGAGACAACCUGGCUGCGUAGUAUGUGGCGACAAUCCAACACUCACAGAACUCAUUGAUUACCCUCAAUUCUGCAGCUCUCCAUACAGCGAUAAAUCAUCAAAGGUCGACGAUAGAAUUGAAGAUGAACUCAUCAUGACUUGUAAACAAUAUAAAUCGAUAUUGGAUACCAAUAAGAAGCAUAUCCUACUCGAUGUAAGACCAAAGAAUCAAUUUGAAAUUUGUAGUUUACCAAAUUCAACCAAUAUACCUAUUGAUGAAUUAAGUAGAGAAAGUAGUAUAAAGACAAUUGAAGAAUUGGCAAUUAAUGAAAACGAAAUACUUCCAAUUUAUAUUGUUUGUAGAAGAGGUAAUAAGUCACAGGAUGCAGCUACCAUUUUAGGUAACAAAUUAAAUUCCACUGAAAAAUCAACAAACAGUUUCAUAAUAAAACAUAUUAGAGAUGGUCUGACUGGUUGGAACGAAGAGAUCGAUCCAACAUUCCCACUCUAUUAA